CUCGUAAAAAGAAAAAAAAUGUGUGUAUUUGUAUAAUACCCAUUUUUUUCUGUAGAUUUGUUAUCAGUCUCCGGUAAGCUCCAAACACACUGGUUCACUUGUUCCUCCUUUGCUUAUUAGUCCCUUUCUUCUCUUCCAUCCAAACAAAUCUCUCUGCAAAAAUGCUCAAUCUUUAACUCUUUCUUCUUCUUCAUUCUACUCUUCCUUACAACGCCACAAUGCCACCGGAUUUCCCAUAUCCGCCUCCUGUUCCCUUCUUCCCCGCCGCCACUCCGCCGCCUUCCACUACCCACCGUUCUCACUCCCCCUUCCUACCCUCCAUCGUCGCCGCAGCUUUAGCCUUGGCGUUGUUCUUGCUCUUCGCGUUCGUUUACCGCAAAAUAUCGCGGAAGAGAACGGUGCCUGCAGAUCUGAAGUCUCCCCUGCCUCCGCAUCAGUUCUCCUAUUCCGCCCUCCGCCGCGCCACUAAUGCGUUUUCCGCUUCCAAGCGUCUGGGUCAGGGAGGGUUCGGGUCUGUCUACAAAGGGGUGCUCCCCUCCGGCCAGGAAAUCGCCGUGAAGCUCAUGGAAGCUUCUGGGUCUCUCCAGGGCGAGAGGGAGUUCCAGAACGAGCUCACUCUUGGUUCCAGGAUAGAUGCGACGUGCUGCCCUCACGUAGUGCCUAUACUAGGUUUCUCCUCCGACGAGCAGGGCUGUAAGAACCCAUACUCCAGCCGGAGGAGAAGGUUGAUUCUUGUUUAUGAGUAUAUGCAUAAUGGGAGCUUACAGGACGCUUUGAUGGAUCGCAAGUGCCCCGAGCUAAUGCUAUGGGGGAAAAGGUUUUCGAUUUUAGUUUCUGUAGCAAAGGGCAUCGAGUAUCUUCACUACUCGUGCGAUCCCCCGAUAGUGCACGGGGAUAUUAAGCCCUCAAAUGUAUUGUUGGAUUGCAACUUUGAUGCUAAAAUUGCAGAUUUUGGGUUAGCACAAGCCUUGACUAAAGAUGAUGAAAUUGCUGAAGGGGGAGAGAAAAAACAAGGCUUUAGGAAUGUGGAGGAAAAUGGGUCAAUUGUUGAGGGAAAUGAGACUGUGAUGAGAGAGGAAGUAGUGGUGAAUGUGGAUCAAUCCCCAGAGAGCUGUUGUAUCAAGGUUCUUGAUGGGGAGGUGGGAGUGGUGUCACCAGAAGUGGCAGUAGGUGAAACUACUACUCCUCCAUCUGAGGGGUUUGAAAAGGCUAGCCUUUCAGAAGGGGUUUUCGAUGGGGUUAGCAUGGAUAGCGGGAUUUCGAAAGGAAUUGAGAGGAGAGCAAGUGAAUCAGGAAGGGAUUGGUGGUGGAAACAAGAAAACGUGAAUGGUGGUUCCGAGUCUGGGAGGAUUAAGGACUAUGUAAUGGAGUGGAUUGGUAGUGAAAUCAAGAAAGAGAGACCCAAGAAGGAUUGGAUUGCGAGCACUAGCGCAGUGGAGGAUGGUACUAAAGUGGAGCAAAAGAAGCACAAGAAGAAGCUGGAAUGGUGGGCAUCUCUGGAUGAGGAGAAAAUUAGGAAGCAAAGAAAGAACCGGAAGCCAAGGGAAUGGUGGAAGGAGGAGUUCUGUGAGGAACUAACAAAGAAAAAGAAGAGGGCAGUUAAUGGUGAUAACGGGGGAGAAAUGUGGUGGCAAAGGGAUGAGGAGGUGGUGCCUGAGAGGAAGAGGCGGAGGAGCAGGGGAAGUAGGAGCAGCAUCGAUUGGUGGCUAGAUAGUUUUAGUGGAGAGUUCCGAAUCGGGCGAAGAAGUAGCCAAGAUUUUGCCAGUGGAGAUGUCCCGAAGAGUGGCGGUGUGACUAGUACACCAAGUAUGAGAGGAACUGUUUGUUACAUUGCACCUGAAUAUGGAGGUGGAGGGCAGCUUUCCCAGAAGUGUGAUGUAUACAGUUUUGGCGUCCUAUUACUAGUUUUAGUUUCAGGGCGAAGGCCACUUCAAGUAACCGCCUCUCCCAUGUCAGAAUUCGAGAGGGCAAAUCUCGUGUCAUGGGCUCGCCAUCUCGCUCACAGUGGCAAGCUCUUGGAUCUCGUCGAUCCCAACAUACAGUCUUUGGAUCAAGAACAGGCAUUGCUUUGCAUCACGAUUGCACUCCUCUGUUUGCAGAGAUCCCCCAAUAAACGCCCUACCAUGAAAGACAUAGUAGGGAUGCUUUGUGGCAAGUCCGAGCCACCACCCUUGCCAUUUGAAUUUUCCCCAUCACCACCAUCAAAUUUCCCUUUCAAGUCCCGGAGAAAGCCCCGGUGAGUCCAUCACCUUUGCAAUGUCAGUAUCGAUAAUUCGAUUUCCUUAGCAGUAGAAUGUACUGUAUCAUCUUGUAGAAAACUUAGAAGAAAAGCAAAAAAUAUAUAUAAAUUGCCUUUUUUAUCAGCU